CAUCACUCUCAACAAACACGCCUCGCCCACCCACUUCUUCCUGAUAGUCCAGGCCACCUAUAAACCUUGACGUCUGAAUUUUACUUUCAUCUCGAUAGUAUUUCUUUCUGUCAUUCACCUCUCCCCUGCCGUCCACCAUGGAGGCCGACAAGAUCUCCGACUUCCUGGCAGACCAACGAGACCAAGCUCCCAGCGACGCCCAGGCGCUGUUCCUCAACUUCGAAGAUUUCUGGGAGAGGAAGCUAUGGCAUCAGCUGACGGAUGCCCUGGUGGAAUUCUUUCGCCUGUCCGAGAGUGCCCCUCAGCGGUUACCUAUCUUCAAGUCGUUCAUCCUCACCUUUGCGGACCGCAUUAAUCAGCUUAAAUUCGUGUCGUUGGGAUUGAUGGCCUCGACACAAUGCAAGGAUGAUCAAGAACGACUCGCUUUCCUCACAUCACUCGCCAAUCGAGUCGACAAGGCCGACUCACAGGACGCUUACGUAUAUGCUGUGGCAGAUGUUGCCGGCGUGAAGCUACGACUACAAGAAUUCGAUGGAGCACGAAAGGACCUGGACAAGAGCCAAAAGAUUCUGGAUGGAUUUGAUUCAGUAGAAACGAUUGUGCAUGCGUCGUUUUAUAAAGUGAAUGCGGACUACUACCAGGCCAAGGAGGAAUUCGCAUCAUACUACAAAAACGCCCUUCUCUACCUGGCCUGCGUGCGCCUCGAAGACCUCUCGCAGGAAGAACGAGCCACGCGGGCAUACGAUCUCAGCGUCGCAGCUCUCGUCUCGGAUUCCAUCUACAACUUCGGCGAACUCCUCUUACACCCGAUCCUUGACUCCCUCACCGAGACACCGCACGCAUGGCUGCGCGAUCUCCUGUUUGCCUUCAACCGUGGGGACUUGACAGCGUACGACGUGUUGGCGGGUAACAUCAGCAAGAACAAACUCCUCGAAUCGCACCGGAAAUUCCUGUACAUCAAGAUCUCACUGGCAGCGUUGACGGAGGCCGUCUUCCGCCGGCCGCCCCACGACCGCACUAUGACAUUCAGCACCAUCUCGGCAGAAACAAAAGUCAAGACUGAGGAGAUCGAGCAUCUGAUUAUGAAAGCGCUCUCGCUAGGGCUGAUCAAGGGGUCGAUCGACCAGGUAUCGCAGAUUGCCCGAAUCAACUGGGUGCAGCCCAAGGUGCUGGAUAUGAAGCAAAUUGAAGGCAUGAGGAAUCGUUUGAAGGAAUGGGAUAGCGGGGUGAACCAGCUGGGACACUGGAUUGAGGGUGUAGGAAGGGAUGUGUGGGCUGCAUAGUUUCUCUUUUCUCUCUGUAUUAGCCUAUAGAUCAGGCAUCAGAAAUGCAAAUGAGAAAAUGUCAUCUCAUCAUUAAGACGAAUGACCUAGGUGGUAUGAUAUAGGUUUAAGGAGAUCUAAUGACA